AUGAAUUCAUUUAUGGUUUCUUCAAUUAUGAAUUCAAAUACAAAUGAAAUUUAUAAUAUAAAUAAUAAAUAUUGGAAUAUAUUAAAUUUAUCUAAUUUUAUAUUAAAUAAUGAACCAUUAAAUAAUACAAUUAUCAAUAAUAAUUAUAAAUUAAAUUUAAAACAAAAUUUCAAUUUAUUUAAUCAAAUAAAUGAUAAUGAAUUCAUUUUAAAUUAUCAAAAUUAUUUAAAUUUAUUUAUAAAUCAAUAUAAACAAAAUGAUUUAUUAUAUAAUAAAUCAAUAAUCAAUCAUCAAUUAUUAUAUAAUAAAAAUAUAUAUACAAUAGAAAAAUUGAAUAAUAAUAAUAAUAAUAAUAAUAAUAAUAAUAAUAAUAAUAAUGAAAUCAAUAUAAAUAAAGAAUAUUUGAAUAGAGAUUUAAAUAGAUUUCAAUCAACAUCUAAUUUAUCUAAUUUUAUUGAUUCAUCUUCUGAGUUAUCAUUAAAUAAUCAUGAUCAAAAUCACAAUAAUAUUGAAUAUUUAAAUAAUAAACAGAAUGAUUUAAAUCAAUUAAAGAAAAUCAAUAAACAAAAUAAUAAUCAUCAUCAUAAUUAUUCUAGAAAUCGUACAGCAUUUACAGAUUAUCAAUUAAUUUGUUUAGAACGUGAAUUUUCUCACAUUCAAUAUUUAUCACGUAUUGAUCGUAUUCAUUUAGCGCAAAAUUUAAAUUUAACUGAAAAACAAGUGAAAAUAUGGUUUCAAAAUCGUCGUGUACGUUGGAGAAAAAGAAAUUCAUUAUAA